AUGAACUUUAUAGCUCCUACAAAAGCUCAUAGCCUCUUCGUCAUCUCAGCGAUCCUCCUUCUCACACUCCUCCCCUCAGUAACAGCUGCUUCCGAAACACACCUCAACGUAACAGCCCUCACAUACCGUGGCAACGUCUCUAUUCUACAAUGCUGGUCCCUUGAGCCGCCGUUUGUGAUCCCUGAAUCAGGUACUGGUCCGACAGGGGCUGCUGUUGCUGGUCUGGGUGCCGUGGCGGGAAAUGCUAGUUUCAUAGUACAGGGACCGGGGAGUGUGGGUGGGUAUAAGAAUGCGCCGAGGGCCCAAUGGUCCUGGUUCAUCUCAGGUCUUGGCCACAUCACACUACCAGAAAGCACAGACGAAGCAUGGAUAGUAGGCGGUCGCUACGGCCUCGUAUUCGCUGACGAUGUAUACACGUCUGGACACUACACUACUUUCCCUUCGAAGGACGAAACGGUACUGCUAGGCCUGCCGGUUUUGGAUGGGCAACAGCCGGAGCAUGAAGUUUUGCAUGAGGGGGCUUGCGAAUGGGAGGAUUUGAUCGAGGUUUGA